CCCACUCUGCCCAACAAUGGAGCGGGCACAGUUUGAGAAGUGAAGAGAAAAAUUAACUAAAUUAAUUAAAAGUUAAUUGUCACAUCUUCACUCCAUCAAAAUUCACCACUUUUUUAUCUCCUCACCUCCGACGCAGUUUACUAUUUUACCAACUUGUGAAAAGGCUCAAAAAACUGUGUUUAGAUUUUCUCAACUCGUAAUUACAAUGUUUAAGUAUAUACUAACUAUUUUAUACACCUUGUAUUGUUGGGUGGCUACGUUGGUACGUCGAGUAGGAAAAGUGUUUAUGCGGAAGGUUACCAGGUUGACGGAACUGCAGAGAAUAGUUUAUGGGGAGGUUCUUGGGUUUCGGAGAAUUAAAAGAGUUGAGGAAUCACUGAUGAGAUCGAAAAAUCCUGAUGUUAUAAGAGCCUUGGAAGAACUGGAUUGCGGUGUUCUUGACGGCCGGUUCGAAGCCAGAGGUACCAGAAAGGUGCUGGUAAUGAAAGCAACGGCAGAUAUCUCUACGGCCAAAAAAAUCAACAUGAAGUUGCAUUCACGAUUUGUAAAUGGUUUACAAGAAUGCUUGGAAAUGAUUUUCGCCUUCAAAUAUUUAUGUGCUAAGCUGAAAGUCCUACGUGAUACGCCAUACUCUUCAGAUAAGGACGAAGAUGAAGACAAGCUCCUUCAAUUAUGGACUAAAAUGAUGAAAGGAACGGAACUAAGCGGGAGGAAGUCUAAGCAAUGGGAAAUACUAGGUUUUCAAGGAAGUGACCCAGCUACAGACUUCCGCGGAGGAGGAAUUUUGUCGCUAGAUUCGUUAAGUUUCAUUACCUCGAGGUAUCCAGAAGUUUCUCAGCGACUACUCCAUAAUUCGCACCACCCUCUCUAUUCGUACCCGUAUGCUCUCGUCGUUAUCCAAAUCUCUUUUCUGGCAGCCAACUUGUGUCUAGAAGGAGUUGCAAAAACGCACUUCUAUAAUCGGUAUCCUGUAAUUCUUCGUUUGGACAGGGAAGUGAGUCCAAUGGAUAACGUGAUGUGGAGAGCUGAGCUAAUCAAGCUCUUUCACGAAUUUACUACAUCACUUUUAAUAGACUUUGAUUCCUUAUGGAUGGCAAGCAAGCCUAAGAGCAUUAUGGCUUAUUCUGAGAUUAAGUCAGUUUUUGACAAAACAGUCAUCAAAAAGCUCAAGUCGGAUACCACAUGUUAUCUAAUCGAGGUGAGAACGAUAUGAUCCUAUCUUAUCCUAGUAUCCUAUCCUAUUCUAUGCCUUGUAUUUUCCUGUAAUUGUCCUGUUCGCUGGUCCAGUAUUCAAACUGGCAGUAUAGUUUGUUAUACAGAUUGUAAUUUAUUAAUUUAAACUUUAACCUCGAAUUCUAGUCAUUGUAUCUCGGGAGUUUUUUAUAUCAUGUUUCGUUUAUUGUUUUUAUGCAACUUUAAAUAAUGUUUUUGCAAUCGUAAUAACGGUUUCAUGUUACAGAGUAAUAAUUUAAAUUACUGUGGAGAAAUGAAGUAAACAAAUACAAAUUUACAUAUAUACAUCA